CCACACGUCGCGCUCACAUCCACAUCUAUCGACACGUGCGUGGCACAACCCUAUUUUGACGUUCCAAUUUCAAAGUGUUGUCAAAGUGGCUCGGGAUUAUUUAUGCUUUAGAAUCGGUAUUUUGAAUAAAAUCCGGACGUGUAGUGUAGUGUGACAUGAUAAGUGCCGUCGUGACCCAACGAAGGUGACAAUAGUGUUUACAUGUCAGUGAGCGCUGGAUGAUGACCGGUUGGAAGAACACGAACCGGCGGAAAAUUGACCGGUCCAAAAUGGCGACGAAUGUCGCUUCACAUAUAUCUCGGACGUCGUUCAUCUGUUUAUUUAUGGCUUUAAUAAGUACGAGGGUGAAAGCGGGCGAGCUGUGGCCAAUGGAGCGACCAGAAGGAAUGCCAGUCAUACAAUCGUUGGAGGUCAUGUGUGGGAAGGACCACAUGGAUGUGCAUCUAACCUUCUCGCAUCCUUUCGAAGGCAUAGUUUCUUCAAAAGGUCAACAUGGCGAUCCUAGGUGCGUGUACGUGCCGCCAUCUACUGGACAAACAUACUUUUCAUUCCGGAUUGCGUACGCAAAAUGCGGUACAAAACCUGAUCUCCACGGGCAGUUCUAUGAGAACACGGUGGUAGUGCAAUACGAUAAGGACCUACUUGAAGUGUGGGAUGAAGCGAAAAGGCUGAGAUGCGAAUGGUUUAACGAUUACGAGAAAACAGCUUCGAAACCGCCCAUGGUUAUUGCUGAUUUGGACGUCGUGCAAUUAGAUUUUAGAGGGGACAACGUUGAUUGCUGGAUGGAAAUCCAAGCUGGUAAGGGUCCGUGGGCGCCGCCGGUGUCCGGCAUCGUUCCUCUGGGCUCAACACUCACACUGGUGGUUGCUAUCAACGACUAUCGAGGUGAAUUUGACAUGAGAGUGAAGUCUUGUGCCGCGUCCGAUGGCUCCGGUCAUAUAAUUCAGCUUUCUGAUGAAUAUGGCUGCGUGUUGCGACCUAAAAUGAUAUCUAGAUUCCUCAAAGCGAAAGCGGUAGAUGAGCGUGCAACAGUUAUAACUUAUGCGUUCUUCCACGCAUUCAAGUUUCCUGACGCUCUGAGCGUGCACAUUAGGUGUAAGGUGGAAAUUUGUCGUCACGGGUGCUUGGAUCAUUGUCAGCUGGCUGGUAUAGCACCGCAAAGACAUGGCGCUUUGGAUAGGAAGGAUGACAGAACACACCAAGAUCAUAAUGAUAUAGGCGACUCAUCUGUUGAAGAAUCAGAUCUAAGUCUGGCUGAAGACCACCAGCGUCUUUCAUUAGAAGAAGCAUUUGGGGAUGAAGUAUCUGGCGAUGCUGUGCCAGCGCCUGCCCCACUGCCUCAACGUGCUCCAGCUCCAGUAAUAGAAGAUGACGCUGAUCGUAUGUCCGCUGUGGAAGAACUAGUACAGGCUUUGGCUAGACCUUUUACUGAUCGUCCAACUGACCUAAGCGAUCGCGAGCGUUUCCCUCACGGUCCACGCAACCUUGGCCCAAUCAAAACAGAACCUUCAGGAGAUGGAGUAGUCCCAGCUAAACCUCCAGGUCCAGCAGUUGCCGGUCCCAGAUCUUUGCGUAAACGACGCUCCGUUCGAGAUGCUAGGUCCGCAGAUGUUGGUGUUUCUGGAAUUUAUGAUGUAGUCUCCGAAGCUGAUCUUGCAUUUGGACCUUCCAGAGAGCCUGUCACUGUUUUUAGUGGAAGGAUACGUGAAGAGGUUGUGUACGGUAUAUGUAUGGGUGCAGUUAGCUUUGGAGCAUUAUUUGCCUCAGCAGCUGGCGCAGCUGCUGGAGCAGCUCUGGCUGCUGCGGUAUUACUCCAAAAACUUCGAUCCAGAAUGGCUUUACAAGCACCACCUAUGUCACCAGCACCAGCGUCUCAUUCACUCGCUGCAUGGAUGGCCUUAAGACUUUUAGGAUCCCCACCUCAUCCCCACCUUUCAAGAGAAGGAUGAUCAUAAGAACAAAUCUUAAGACUGUUUUCGUGUUCUAAUUUUAAAUAAGGCCAAAUCGUCCAGUAAUAUCUAUAAAUU